ACCGACCCCGAGACGUCAAUCGCGGCAUCAACCGCCUCGCACUUAUUCCAGGCUUGAAUGUGGCGGCGUCAAAGGGGGAGGAAAGGGAAAGUAUAUCCGCACUUUCUACUUACUCGGCCGAUCAGGAUGGUCAUGCCGACUCCAUGUUAGACGACUUUUAUUCCCCGUCAACCGGUGCAUCCUGUUAGCUGGGAGCCGGGGUCGGCGUGGUCCGCGCGUUGCUGUGGUAACGUUGCUGCGCCAUGGGUCACGGACUGAAGUGCGGGGUAGCCAUCUCGUUCUGCGCCGUUUUCAUGGCUUAUUGGUACCGGCAGCAGGUAGACCGGGAGCUGGACUCGCGGCUGGAGACGGUGCUGUCGUCGCUGCUGAAAGCCGAAAGGAAAGUGGACCUGAACCAGCGGCCUCGAGUGGCAGUAGGUUUUGGAGGCUGUCUUGAUAUUGUUGCAGAUGGAAUUGCUCUCCUUAACAAAGCGGGCAUCAAGCCAAGCAGGAAUCCUGUGCACCAUAAUUACAUCACAUCAGAGGAACAGUUGGCUGAAAGCUUUGCAUACUUCUUUCCUCCAGGAGCUGCAUCAGAGCGCUUUAUUUCCAAUGAGACACUGUUUCGUAAACUGGUGAAAGCCACUCAAGGUCUUCCUCGAGUACGAUGGUCGUUGGGUGGAAAUGCACCAGUCAUGGCAAAUCGUCUCGCACAGGAAGGAUGUGAAGUGCUCAUGGGGAGCCGUCUAACGCCUGACCUCAUUGAAGUCCUUCAAGAGCACGUAACCGUGACAAGCAAGCCAGUGGAUAAAACUGACAUUCAUCUUAUCCUGGAAUAUUCAUCUGGUUCCAAAUGGGGACAACUAGUGUCAAGAAGAUCAAACAGGUUCAUAGUCCAUAGCGACAUAUCCAAUCCAGUUUUAGAGUCACUGGAGGACUUUCAGACUCAAUUUAAACAGUUCAAUCCAUCCCUUCUGGUAGUUGGUGGUCUUCAGAUGAUGGAUAAUUUUCCAUUUAGACCAGGUCAACUUGAAGAGCGGCUAAAAUUGCUCCGGGACCUCAUGCUAUCAGUUGACAGCACCACUAGAAUCCAUUUUGAAAUGGCCUCCUUUGUGGAUGACACGCUUCUGAACAAUCUUUUCACAUACAUCAUCACUAACGUAGACUCUCUAGGGAUGAAUGAACAGGAGUUACCCAAUCUGCUCAGCAUGUUAAAGGGGGCCAACAUCACUAUUCUGUCCGAUCCUUAUCCAAGAGUGGCAAGUAUACUCGAUCAAAUGCGGGAAGUUUAUCACAUCUUAAAUUCUCAGGAGAUAAUGGGCGCACAACACAAGCUCACACGGCUGCAUGUUCAUACUCUUGCUUUCCAAGCAAUCAUUAUUGCCAAAGGGUCCUUUUGGAGGAACACCAUGUCAGCAACUGCCAAAGCUUCAUUAACUGCAAACCGACACGUUUGCGGCUCACCAAAUAUUGACCCUGCCAAAGCAAAGUUGAUCAUGGAUGAUUCUUUUUCUGUGAGUCGUGAGCAAGGGAGUAAGAAAAUUCCACUCAAAGAAAAUCGACCUGUUUCGUGUUGGGAAGAGCAUGAUUAUGAGAUCUGUGUUGCUCCAGUGCUGGUAUGUACUGAGGUGUAUCAGACCGUUGGUGGUGGUGACAAUAUUUCUGCAGCCAGCUUAGUUCUUCAGAUCUAGUGAUCUCUCUGGAUUCGAAGUGAACUCGCAUGCAAUUAACCAUUGCUGUCUUCCUCGAUGAGUAUGAUUCACAAAGAACUGCUUGUAUCUUACCACCAACAACUCCCUUCUACACACACCCCGCCAUCCUUAAAAAUAAAUCUCGUUCGAUGAUCUGUCUAUUGUUACAUGAGCAUCAUGUAAUCAUCAAUCAGGGUUCUGAGAAUUGUUUAAGAAUACUUAAAUAAUUAAAUACUAAUUUUAGGCACUUUUUGUAUAAAUCGCUCAGACUUAGUUCCUGAAUAGUUGGGAGCAAAAUCUCUAAUUUUUUUUUCCUCCUCAAUUUAUUUUUUGAAUAGUCAUGGCUGA